AUGCGGUUAUUCCUCCUUCCGGUAUCCACCAAGCGCACAUUGAUCUACUGCGAGCGCGUCCCCGAAGCCAUCCUCGCCGCCGGCACCAAACCGCCGUGGUCAGAGCAGAUCAUCAACCGCGCAUCGAAGACAUGGAUGGGCUGGGAGAAAGCCGAGAAGGGCUGGCAGAAGCAACUCACCGUGUACGGCAACAAGCUCUUCCGGAGGAUUCCCUUUGAGGAGUGGGGAUUGAAAUCGCUCCCGGCAGCCACCCAGAAGCGGCUCGAGGAUGUCGAUCAGGGAAGGAUGAAAUUCGAAUGCGUCUUCCCGAGCAAAUUCGUCCGGGAAGGCCGGGUUUCGGAGAUCCUGAAGAAGCUGGCGACCGAGAGACAGGCGCUACACCGACAGCGGAUGUGGACGUGUAUCGCGCUGAUGCCCGUGUCGGCGCCCUUCACACUCGUCCCAGUGAUCCCCAACAUUCCUUUCUUCUACCUCUGCUUCCGCGCAUACUCGCACUACCGCGCCCUCUACGGCUCCCGCCUCCUCGACCACCUCGUCACCAAAAAACUCAUCACAUCCAGCCCCUCGAGUACCCUCGACGAGGUCUACGCAGCCGGGAUUCUAAAGCCCGCAGACGAGGCUGCCAAGGUCGCUCCAUCCAUCAGCUCCGCCGAGGUCGAGGAAGCCGUGGCCAAAAUCGAGUCGCAAGACGCAGGAGGAAAAGGAGAAGAGGCCAUGCUGUUACAAAGUUGGAACGGCCGCGUCCUCGCCGAGAGCUAUCAAUUGCCGGAGAUGGAAAUUGAGAUCGAGCGUGCGGUCGAACAAGUCGAGAAGGCGAUCCAGACGGCCAAGGAAAAGGCAGGCUCUGCGGUCCAGCCUGAGAGCAAGGGCGAGGAGAUCAAGCGAUGA